GCCAGACACGGCACCUAAAAUUGACAUAACUGCUUCAAUAUGUCAAAAUCAAGAUUUUGAUUUUUUUCGCAUAUAUAAUACAUGUACUUUGUGAUGCAACAUGUUUUUUACGAUAUUGUGUACAUUUACUGAAUAAAAAACGUUAUUAAAAUCAUAAUGUGUGGUAUUGUUUUUAAAUAUGAUCGUAAUCAACGUGGAAAAACCUGAACUUUCACUCAUGACAACGCCCCCGUAGCUGUAACGAACCCCUUCAUGUUAUACAUCGAUAGAAAGCUGAUCGUUUCCGCCAUGUUUCUGUGCAAAAACAUUCUAAAAAUAGAUAUUCCACGUGAGGCUAUCGUCACUUUUCCCGCGAGUGAUUUUGUACGUAAACUACCAUUUAAGGAGAAAUAUCCCAUAAUGCAACAUUCGGGAAUAUUCGUUCGAUCCAAAUAAAGUAAAACGUAUCCCACAAUGCACCAUUCGGCUUAGCAACAAAACUUCGGCCUUUUCCAGUAGGUAUACAAAAUGGCGGCUGCUCAGCGAAAAGUUUGACAGGUAAACAUCGUUUUUGAUAUUUUCUUGACUGAAAAUUGUUGUAUUUUUUAAAAAUGAGGGCAAAACACGGGGCACAACACGCCUAUGGUAAGAAUAAGAGGCGAAGGGCAAGUCAGUUGAAGGAGGCACGUUCGAAAUGCGGUGUUAGAGUUACGACCCGUGUUGACAGCGCGAUCGACCCUGUGUCAGAUUCUGACAGCUUUGACGUUUUGGAUACAUCGGAAUCAUCCGGGGACCACGCCGUUGAGGAAAAAAUCCCCGUUGGAGACAAUGAAGAUGGUGACAGCAAAACCCACAAGGCAAUCAACGACCUUCAACCCUAUGGACCAGACAUCAGUAUUGACAAGGAAGACUGUGUUAACCAUGCUCAUAAAAGGAUGGGCACUGCUCUUCUGAAAUUGUCAAAAGAGUUGAGAUUGGGUGGUAGGGGCAAAGGAAAGCUGACUAAAGACAAAGCUCUUAAAUUUCAGUAUUAUUACCGCUUUGCCAUCACUAACAAUGUUGGUAACAUUGAUGGUACAAGGAAUGCAAUCUGGGCAAGUUUGUUUCAUUGCAUGUCAACCGAUGAUUCUCCCCAUCACACUAGAUGUCCCACUGGUCCCUCAAGUUGGUGUUUUUAUAAUAGAGCACUGGCUAAUGAUCUUGAGCCUCCUGCUCACGCAGACAACAUCAGACAUUUUCUCGAUGCAGAAAUUGCAGAAAAGAUGGUACCUGUGUAUCAAAGAAUGUCUGAUGAAAACCUCCUUAAGAGGAUGGUGAAAGGCAAGACACAGAAUGCUAAUGAAUGCUUGCAUUCCGUGAUCUGGUCCCGUUGUCCGAAGACCGUCUUUGUGGGUGCAAGGCGGUUGCAUCGGGCAGUGGCGUCUGCAAUAGCUUCGUUCAAUGAGGGUACUUGUCACAUUACUCAGGUAAUGAACAAGCUUGCAAUAGAAGCUAAUGAAAUAACAGCAGCUUCUGUUGAAAGACUUGAUAAUGUGAGAACCCUCAAAGCAAGGAAGCAAAGCCAGGAGACAUCUAAGAUGGAACGUAGUGAAAAGUGGGAGGCUAAAAAAAGGGACCGAGUUCAUGUUGAGGCAGCUGAAGGCUUGUUGUAUGGUGCUGGGGAGUUUUAAGUCCUGUUAUUUCUUUGUACAUGCAUUGUUUUAUGUAUCUUGAAUACAUCCCAUCAGUAAACUAAGAUUUUGUAAGUGUUUAAUAGGUGCUUUAGGAAGAAAACCAUAUACAAACUUAUUUCCUCAUUUUCUCCAUUAACGUCAUUUUGGAUCUUAGUGAACAUAGAUCUCAACCGUUAUUGGCCCGAUUUGAAUGAAAUUUGGUGUACAUAUAGGCAGAGGACUACUUUACACAAUAACAGAGAGACUUUUUAAAAUUUGUUGGCCAUUUUGAUUUUAAAAAAUAAAUUAUGGGUAAAAAUCAACCUAAAAAGUGUGAAAUUUUGAAAAAUUAUUUUAAAAAUAUAUACCAGUCUUUUUUUAAUUUUUCUUUCUGUCAUUGUACCCAACACCAUACAAGCUUUGUUAUACAAUUGAAAUUAUAUAAAUAUCUUUAUUGGUCUUAGAGAAAAACUGAAACUAAUUUCCAUCUUUUUCAGGCUUGCGGCGGCCAUCUUGGAUGUUUCCAUGGCAACCGGUGGCAACAUCACCUGGAAAAGACUCCAUUUCAAUUGUUAAUAUGUAUACCUCAAAGUUGUAACCAAUUAAAACUAACAAAUACUU